AAUUAAUUUACUUUAUUUUAUUAAAAAUCGACAAAAAUGAAUAAUUUAUUUAAAUUUGGGACACUGAUUUUAACGUUUUUAAUUCUAAUUUUAUUAAAUUUAGUGACAGAUUGCGAAGGAAAACGUGGUGGUGGUGGAUUUAAAAGUUCAGGUGGUUUUAAAAGCACAAAAAUUCACACCAGCAACACGUACAAUACAAAAAUUUCUGUUACUAAGAAUAAAUAUUACAGUGGGGGCUAUAAUCGCCCUUGGGGGUAUGGUUACAAUUCGUGGUACACCUAUGGAUCGUACGGCCAUAUUUACGGGUUUGUCUGGUACACCCAGACCAGUACGUAUAGAAAUAAUCCUAAUAAAGAGCCAACGAUCUGUCGAAACGAGUUCGACAACUUGAUGGACAACGGCACUCACUAUGAAUGGUUCAUCUGCCCGUCGCAGAAUCACACCAGCGAUUUCCACUAUUGCUGCGGCCAGCCUGACAAGGAGUAUUGCUGCCGAUUUGCUGAUAAUGGAUGGAGAGUCUUUGGUACGAGUGCGUCGGUCGUCGUAUUUUUCCUCCUAUGCUGUUGCUGUUGUUAUUGUUGUUGUUUCGGCUUCACGAAAGUCAGUCGCGAUGGUUUUGGACAGCAGCGACAACCAUAUUUCAGGAGAAUUUUCAUUCAGAAGUUUUCAACUAGGACUGACACAGUAAUAGAUCCAUCGGCAUCAUUGGAUCCAGAACUUUACCCUCCUUACCCAGCUCAACCAGCGCAGCCCACACCCUACCCGCCAUUGGGCCCACAACAACAGGGCCUAUUCCCUCAACAGCCACCUCCUCCAGGCUUCAUCGAAGGGCCCAGUCUGGGCUUCAAUCAACGGCCCUCUCCUGGAUUUAUCCAACAACCUCCUUAUCCAUCUGAUGCCCCUUAUUUCCCACAGGCGUCUCCAAUGAAUCCAGCUCAACCCUUCACAAUGCCUGAUCCUAAUUAUCCCAUUAACGUUGGUCCGGUUUAUCCACCACCCCCUCCCCCAGCUGCUGUCGCCAGUAUCCCUCUGGCACCCCCGUCUUAUGCCCCUGCCGGUCAAGGGUUCGCCCUCCCCCCAACGGCACCCCCACCACCCUACAAAGAAUGAUCGGCGGCGAUCAUCCAUCUAGGGAAUUAGGGAAAGAACCAAGAAGAAAAGAGGGAAAAUAGAAACCAAAGAAUAAUAAAAAAAAAUUAUUAUAAAUGACGAUAAUGUUGUUGUUAAAGUAACUUGUAUACAAACAACGUAAACUUUGAAAAUUUAGAAAAGUAUGAAGCAAGCGACAUACAAAUUGCAUUAUUAUUAUUAUAUCUGUUGUUACUAUUAUGCCAUAUACACACACACACACACACACACACACACACACACACAUAUAUAUAUAUAUAUAUAUAUACUCUCACACACAAAAACACACAUAUAUAUAUCGUGUAUUAAUAAUUAAGAUGUUAUCUAUUUAAAUGCCUGUAUGUAUGUAUAUGCAUAGUGUGAUAUAUAUAUAUAUAUAUAUAUAUAUAUAUGUGUGUGUGU